CUCAGGGAGCACAACAAGACCAAAUUCUAUAGCCGUUACAACACACCUAAACUCUGUAGCUCGUCCAAGUGCCGGCUCAUAACGACUAGCGGUCCCCUCCCCACCGCCAGCGCACGAAUUCAAUAUGGCUGUAGGAAAAAACAAACGUCUGUCUAAGGGUAAGAAGGGUAUCAAGAAGAAGGUCGUCGACCCUUUCUCGCGCAAGGAGUGGUAUGAUGUCAAAGCACCCUCCACAUUUGAAGUCCGAAAUGUUGGCAAGACUCUCGUCAAUCGAUCACAGGGUUUGAAAAACGCCAAUGACUCUCUCAAGGGCCGCAUUAUCGAGGUAUCCCUCGCCGACCUCAACAAGGAUGAGGAACAAUCAUUCCGUAAGAUCAAACUACGGAUCGAUGAGGUGCAAGGAAAGAACUGUUUGACAAAUUUCCACGGCAUGGACUUCACUUCGGACAAGCUACGCUCCCUUGUCCGCAAGUGGCAAACUCUCAUUGAGGCACACGUCGACGUGAAGACGACCGACGGCUACCUCAUCCGCCUCUUUGCUAUCGGUUUCACCAAGCGCCGCCCAAACCAGGUGCGCAAGACCACCUACGCCCAGACGAGUCAAAUUCGCGAAAUUCGGAAGAAGAUGUUCGAGAUCAUGACUCGGGAAGCGUCGAGCUGUGAUUUGAAGGAGUUGGUGCAGAAGUUUGUGCCAGAGGCUAUUGGACGGGAGAUAGAGAAGCACACCCGUAACAUCUACCCUCUACAAAAUGUCUACGUCCGCAAGGCAAAAAUCCUCAAGGCACCGAAGUUCGAUGUCUCGAAACUACUUGAGCUUCACGGCGACUCAACGGAUGAGACUGGCACCCGGGUAGCAAAGGACUUCAAGGAGCCCGAGAUUCUCGAGUCUGUUUAAAACUCUUUUUACUCGUCGUCUACCUUUGUAUCUUUUCAUAUGACCACUCGCAAGUACUUAUGCUACAAGGGUAUCGUUCAAUCUAUGAGCAUCAUGACACCAUGCACAAUCUGUUGUAAAGUCAGCUUCAAAUGAGAAAUCGUGAAUUGCCGAGGCCCGACGAGGAGUUUCAGGUGGCAUCAGGAAGGCUGUAGUAUCUCGCGGUG